AUGCAUUUAGCAUAGCACUUCUCUAGCAAAUAGUGAAUGAAAUCAAUAAAUUGGUAUUCUGACUUCAUGCAACAGUGCUAAUCAACUAUGGAACACUGGAAGUCAGAUGAGAUUUUUGGUCCCACAAAGUCAAGGACAAAACCUUGGGAAGUCGCCAAGAUGAAAGACUUCAGGCCGGCCUUCACCUCCUGAUGCUCUCUGUUCACAUGUGUGAUGUCUAUAAAAGGUAACCAGGAUUUGGCUUAUCUUCUUAUAUCUCUUCCAUCUUUUCCUGAUCUUCAUCUUCCCAAACAUAGUUUUUAUGCAGAAGUAGAUUUAACUCUACUUUGCUAUCUUGGAGUCAAGAAUUGUCCUAUACGGAGGAAGAGGCUCCAAGAUUUGCCUUUUUUGUUUCGUUUUUCUUUUUUCCUUCAUACUACAGACUAAAAGUAUCAUCUUCUGGACAGAGAAACAGGCUGUUGUUUUUCUAAGGUCAUCAUUUGGCCUGCCCCACUUUCCCACCUGCUCUUGAGGGAACUAUUGCAAGGACACAUACAAGCCCCUACAUCAGUCACAGACCAGGGCCUCCAUCUUGCAGGGAAUGUGCCCAAAUUACAAACAGGUAAACUAAAGUGACUCUGGGCAGAUUUAAUAGUUUAUUUUGGUUUCUUGUUCCAGUUAUAACAGACUGCUCUAUGUUUGCUCUAUGGCAAAAACUUUUAUGUUUGCUCUGCAACAAACGUACACACAGGGCAAAUUGUGUUUGGAGUAUGGUGUCUUGCCAAUGUUUUCUAAAAGCAAGUGAAUAGAAAUGCUUGCAAAAGUAUUUUCAGACCUCAGUGGCCAGCGCUGAACACUGCUGUAGGAAUGUCCAUCAAAUGUUGUGGCCGUGCUCUGCUCUAACAAAAACCUGGUUCCGUGGCAUAAUUGUAGGGGCUGUCAGGCUAAGUUUGAGACACCUUCCAAAAAAAAUUUCAGGGCUUCCUCAGUCUUUAAACUCCAGAAAAUAUUGUCCAAACUUUCACAACUAACCUGUUAUCAUGGAGAUAGCUCCAAGUUGACGCACUGGCCACUGGAGAAUGUCUAUCAAGCAUCCAGGUAAAUAAUGACUUGGUUGCUGCCCUCAAGGAACCUACCUAGAGGCUGACAGAAAAUUUUAAGUAUUUUUUCCUUCUAUUGUUCAUUCCUAAAAUUCUGGCGGUAGGUAUGAUUAUUAUUCCCAUCCCACAGGGGAAGUAACUAAGUCUAACUACUUGAAUAUUUUGUCCCAAAUCACUAACAAUAAGAGAUGGCCAGACACUGAACCCUGGAAUCUCUAAAUGUUUAGAUAUUGAUGGGCACCGCUUAGACCAGGGAGUCCAAACCAUAGGCUUGCUGUUCCAGUUUCUCUUAUCGGAUGGAGGGACCCCCAUUUCACCGAGAUCAUUGACUUUUGGGUUCUCCGCUGACCCCAGAUAAGAUGCCUGGUACCUCGUGGUCAAGUCCCCUCCAACGGGGACUCCUCUGAGGCUUGGUCCCAGCUGCUCAGGCUGGCACCCGCCUCCUCAGGCCAGAGCCCAAAGCGCCGCCAGCGGUCAAUUCCUGGGCCGGCUGCCAGCCACAGGCCCAAGUAAACGCUGAAUGAAGGGCAGAUGGAGGAACCUGUCCCGGUCCGGCGAGAGCGCCGCGAGCGCCUUUCCGCUUACCGCGGGCCUGCCCAGCCUCCCGUCCAGCCCGGGCCCGGGUCCCGCCGAGGCAGGUGUGCGCGGCGGACUCGCUCUCGGGCACUCGGCGGGACCGAGCUCCACCCCGAACGCCACCGGGCAGGCCACGCGCAGACCCGAGCCCGGGGCCCCCGCCUCUGACUGCCGGCCCGCGCUCGGCCCCGGUCCCGCCUCCCGGAGGUUUUCGCUUUCGCUUUCCUGCCGAUGUCGUUGAGGAAAAUGAAAGUGGUUGUGUCCAGGACUGGCGCAGCUGCCGUUCCCGGCGAGGGGCGCAGAAUGCGGCGGCGGCCAGCCUGGAGCGCGGGCCCUGGGGCGCCCGCGCAGGGCGAGGUGGCAGCACACCCUGGCCCCCCAGGCAGUCCUGAGGAUGGCCGGCAGAGAAACAAGAAAAUGGACUCCCUGGCUGCUGGAGAGUUGAAUGCCAGCCACCAGCCAUGGGUACCAGAGUUUGAAGCCCAUUGGAGGAAAACACAUCAAGGGAAUCUUCAAACUCUUCUUCUUCACUGGCUCCUGCCGUGCUCCUGUGUCCAUCACCUGUGUAAUGAUUCCUGCUAUCCUGCCUUCCCCGUGGAGUACAGCCAUGCUGUCUGCUUCUCACAGCCAAGAUUCUGGAAAGAAAUGUCUCCUUUUUCCUCAUCAUCGACCACUCAUUUAUUCAGCAAGUGUUUCUUUUACACUUGCCUGUGCUGGGCAUGGCAGCAAUGCAGCAGUGAACAAAACCACCAGCUCUGGUCUCAUACAGCUUAUAAUCAAAUAGGGAGACAGACAUAAAUGAUUAAUAGAUGCUCCCAUAAUGGCGGUUGUGAGGUGUGCAGCUACACAUGCCAGUUCCCUUCUCUGCACAUGUACAUGUCUGCUCGUCCUUCCCACCUGAACUCACGUGCCACCUCACUUAUGCCCCUUCCCAAUGCCACACCCACACAACAGGGUGCUUCUCUGUGCCCAUAGCAGCCCUUGGGUGUAACUGCUCCCCACAGAGGCUGAACCCCGAGGGCAGAGUCCAGGCCACACGCACCUCGGAGCCCCCUGCCUGGCACAGAGCCCAGCCCAGCAGAGGUGCUCAGAAGAUGAAUGAAAAUCCCUGCUGAGAUUGAUCCAAUCUGUCUGUGAACAUCUCCAGGGUCCAAGAAUUCACGGCUUUCUUUUUCUUUAGAUAGCCUUUUGUUUCUUUUUGCCAUUAUACACUAUAUUUGCGUUAGGACACAACAAUGUGAAUAUACUUAAUACUGAACUCUACACUUGAAAAUGGUUAAGAUGGUGACGUUUUAAGUUAUCUGUAUUUUGCCAUAAUUUUUUAACAUGUAGAGAAUAGGUAUAAAGAAGAGAAAAAAGGGGGCAAGAUCCAUUUUAUUGAGAAAGAACAAAGGGCGUGAUUCAGAUGGAUUUUAAAACGUAAUUUAGAUUAGGGAAAUGCAAAUGAGAACCAUAAGUAAGACACCACUUCAUAUCUUUUAGGAUGGCUAUUUUAAAACAACGAUGACCUGAAAAUAAGUGUUGGCAAGGAGGUGAAGAAAUAGUACCUUUGUGCAUGGCUGGUGGGAACAUAAAAUCAUGCAGCCUCUGUUGAAAACAGGGUGGUGGUUCCUCAAAAACUUAGUUAUCGUAUGAUCCAGCAGUUCCACUUCUAGGAAUAUACCCAAAAGAAUUGAAAGCAGGGACUCGAAGUGAUAUUUGUACACCAGUGUUUGUAUUAUUCACAAUGGCCAAAAGGUGGAAACAACCCAGAUGUCCAUGACAAGAGGGCUGGAUAAACAAAAUAUGGAGGAUACAUA